AUGGGCAUGAUAUUAGCCAUGAAUCACCCCGCCCCCGGCCCAUCGCCCAACCCGGAUAAAUGGGGCGCCCCCACCCCCACCCCCAACCUACCAUCCUCAAUCUCGCAGAAUCUCGUCGCCGUCGUGGGGUUAGCGGGUAUCUACGAUUUCAGCGCGUGCAGAGACGCGCAUGUAGAAUGGAGGGACGUGUAUGAGGAGUUUAUUACGGCGGCUUUUGGGGCUGAGGAGUUAGGUGGGUGGGAGAGGGGGGAUCUGGUGUUGAGGGAUGGGGUGCGGGUUGUGGUGAUGGGAUAUAGUGAAGAAGAUGAGUUGGUGGAGGUUGCGCAAGCGGAGGCGAUGGAGAGAGCGUUGGAGGGGCGAGAGAAAGAGAGGGAAGGAAAAGGGGCGGUGGUGAAGAGGGUCGAGGUGAAGGGAGGGCAUGACGAGAUGGUCGAGCAAGGGGUGGAGAUUGCGCGAUGUGUUGGAGUGGCGCUUGAGGUUGUGCUUGAUCCUGCAGGAGGAUCGAGUGAGAAUUGCUAG